UGCGAUUACAGGAUAGCACAUUGCCACUUUCCCAUCUCCCAAAAUUCCACAAAAUCUCUCUUCUCAAACCCAUUAACACUAUUUUCUCUCUCCUCAUUCAUCACCUUCGAUUAAACCUCCCAUUUGAUCUCCCUUAUGUCAAAUUGACUCUUCAAAUCAACAAACUCAGUCAAUACCAACAUUGAACUCGUCUUCCUCCAUUCGUCGCUCAGCCAUUGACCCAACUCGGGCUUCGAGUAUCCAAAUCGGUAUCUGAAUUCCUGAAGAAUUAAGAGUUGGGCAAUACUGCAUAAGUGAAGAUCAGGAAAAGUUGACAGAGAAAGAACUCAAAUAUUUGGUUUGAUGGGGAACAAAGAAAACCAGAACAUGUUAACAAGUAACUUGGGCAAUAUUGCACGGAGAUUAUUAUUCGGUAUUCUUUCUAUGGGACCAAUCCCUGAUCAUAUAGCUUUCAUUAUGGAUGGAAACCGAAGAUAUUCCAAGAAAAACAAAUUAGAGGAAGGAACAGGCCAUAACUUAGGGUUUACUGCUCUAACAUCCAUGCUUAAGUACUGCUAUGAACUCGAGGUAAAAUACAUAACUGUAUACGCCUUUAGUAUUGAUAAUUUCAAAAGACGGCCUGAAGAAGUUAAGUCUUUAAUGGAGCUUAUACGGGAGAAAAUAGAAAGCUUGAUUAAAGAGGAUAGUAUUGUUAACCAACAUGGAGUUAGAGUUUACUUUGUUGGGGACUUAAAGUUACUAGAUGACUCAGUAAGGUUAGCUGCUGAAAAGGCUAUGGAAGUUACUGCUGGUAACUCCAAAGCCGUGCUGUCAAUUUGUAUUGCGUACACUUCUACGAAUGAGAUUGUGAAUGCUGUUGAACAAUCUUGUGUAGAAAAAUGGGAUGAACUUAAUAGUUUAACCAAAAAGUCGAUAAGUGUGAUGGAUGUUGAGAAGCAUAUGUAUAUGAGAGUUGCUCCGAAUCCUGAUAUAGUGGUAAGGACUUCUGGUGAAAACCGCUUGAGUAAUUUUCUUCUGUGGCAGAGUGCAAACUCUAUUCUGUAUAACCCCACCGCGCUUUGGCCUGAGAUUGGUCUUCGGCAUUUAGUUUGGGCUGUGCUGAACUUCCAAAGAAAUCAAGCUUGUUUGGAAACGAAAAAGAAGCAACAACGCUGAUGUUACGAUGUACGGAGUAGUUGAUGUGAUGAUAAGAUUAGGAGUUAAUUUUGUGAACUACAUGAAGAUAAUUUCUUGUAUACAAAUUAGUUUGCAAAUCAUAAUUUUGUAGGUUAUAUAGAAUCAUUAUUACUGCAUUUCUCCUGUUUACGAGUCUGGUAAAAACAUGUCAAGGAAGCUUUAUGUACCUUCUCUUUACCACAAAGCAUUAUUACAAGUUUGGAGUUGUGAUAUAGUACAUGCUUGUUUGUCUU